AUGCAGCUUCGUGCAAACUGCAUCCUUAUUUUGUUGCUAUGGUUGAUUGCGUUGGAAAGCAAAGUUGUUACUGCCUCAUCUUAUUCUCUCCUCAGGAAACUUGAACUUGAACGAUCACAAGUUGUAGUUGGAAAACCUAGUGAAGAUGGAGGAUACCAGCCACCAGUAAGUGCACCUCCAACUCAAGGGUAUCCAUCUCCAACACCUCCUUCGAUUCAAACACCACCAUCUCAGGGUUACCCAUCUCCUUCCCCUCCUAUUCAGUACUCACCGCCAUCUCAUGGUGGACAAUCACCACCUAUCACCUACCAUCCACCUUCACCAAGUCCACCGCCAACUCACGGUUAUCCCUCUCCACCAUUUCCUCCUCAACAUUCACCACCAUCGUCCCCUCCUACUCAGAGCCCUCCAAUCCAAACACCGCCAUCUCAUGGCUACAGUCCUCCUCCUGUAAUCUCUCAUCCUCCUUCACCAAACCCACCUAGUCAUGCACUUCCACCUCCAACUCAAACACCACCAACUCAUGGUUAUCCAUCUCCAUCCCCUCCUACUCUAUAUCCUCCACCUCCAACUCAUGAAUACCCAUCACCACCUUUCUUAAGCCCUCCCAUACAAACACCGCCAUCUCAAGUUUAUCACCCGCCUUCACCAAGCCCACCUACACAUGCAUAUCCGCCUCCAACUCAUGGUUAUCCUUCUCCAUCAACUCCUACUCAACACCCAUCACCUCCAUCACAUGGUUAUUCACCACCUCCUUCUAUAAGUCCUCCAAUCCAAACACCUCCGUCUUAUGGUUAUCACCCGCCUUCACCAAGUCCACCUAGUCAAACACAUCCGCCACCAACUCAUGGUUAUCCCUCUCCAUCACCUCCUACUCAACACCCAUCACCACCAACUCAUGCUUACCCUCCACCACCUACUUCAAUCCCUCCAAUCCAAACACCACCAUCUCAUGGUUACACCCCACCAUCACACCCACCGCCAAUUCAGACACCACCACCUCAAGGUUAUCCAUCCCCAUCCCCAUCCCCUCCUACUCAAAUAUCACCACCACCAUCUCAUGGUUACACACAACCCCCUUCUACAAGCCCUCCAAUCCAAACACCACCAUCUCAUGGCUAUAACCCACCAACUCCCAGUGGACAACCACCACCUGUUAUAUAUCACCCGCCUUCACCAAGCCCACCUAGUCAUCCUCCUCCAACUCAAACACCACCAUCUCAUGGUUAUCCUUCCCCAUCACCUCCUAUUCAGCACCCAUUUCCACCAACUCAUGGUUACCCUCAACCAUCUACCCCAAGCCCUCCAAUCCAAACACCUCCAUCUCAUGGCUACACUCCGCCAUCUUUACCAAGCCCACCUGCUUAUGGACACCCUCCGCCAACUCAAACACCACCACCUACUCAAAUCUCACCACCACCAUCUCAUGGUUACACCCCACCAACUCCUAGCGGACAAUCACCACCUGUUCAUGCACAUCCACCGCCAAGUCAGACACCACCAAGCCAUGGCUAUCCCUCUUCGCCGCCUCCUGCUCAACUCACACCACCAACUCAUGCUUACCCGACACCACCUAUAAUUUAUCAUCCACCUUCACCUAGCCCACCUAUUCAUGCAUAUCCACCGCCAACUCAGACGCCACCAACUCAUGACUAUCCUUCUCCAUCGCCUCCAGCUCAGCACCCACCGUCACCAACACAUGGCUAUCCACCAUCACCUUCGUUAAGCCCUCCCAUCCAAACACCACCAUCUCAGAGUGGACAACCUCCUCCUGUCAUCUAUAAUCCACCGCCGAGUCCUCUCUCCAUCCAACCUCCAACAUACUCCGCUCAUCAACCACCGCCAACACCUUCUCAAGGUUAUGGACAUCCUUCCCCUCCGCUGUAA